AUGACUGUCGCUAAGGUUGCUGCUCUCGCUUUGGCCAACUUUGCGGCUUUGGGUUCAAGUGCCCCGGCCAAGGGAUCCGAUGGAUUCAUUGCUGCGCCGUACUACCCAGCACCUUAUGGAGGAUGGGUAGAUGAUUGGGCUGAUAGCUAUGCGAAAGCCAAGGAGCUGGUUGAUUCCAUGACGUUGGCUGAGAAGACCAACAUCACCUCCGGAACCGGAAUCUUUAUGGGUAAUCCUUGCAACGGAAACUCUGGCUCUGCUGACCGCGUUGGCUUCCCUCAACUCUGCCUCAACGACGCAGCCAACGGCGUCCGACAGACCGAUAACGUCACUGUAUUCCCCGAUGGAAUCACCGCUGGCGCAACCUUUGACAAGAAGCUAAUUUACGAACGCGGUGCCGCGAUUGGCAAAGAAGCUCGUGGAAAGGGAGUUCAUGUCUGGCUUGGUCCCUCGGUUGGUCCUCUUGGUCGAAAGCCCAAGGGAGGACGUAACUGGGAAGGCUUUGGAACUGACCCUGCACUCCAAGCUAUCGGUGCGCGAGAGACUAUCAAGGGUGUUCAGGAGAACGGAGUCGUUGCGACCAUCAAGCAUCUCAUUGGGAAUGAGCAGGAGAUGUAUAGACGCCAGACUACAGAUGUUGUGUCGCCGGCAUACUCUGCAAACAUUGAUGAUCGAACUAUGCAUGAGCUCUACCUCUGGCCCUUUGCCGAAGCUGUUCGAGCUGGUGUUGGAGCUGCGAUGACAGCCUACAACAGAGUCAACGGAACCAUGUCCAGUGAGCACUCAUACCUCAUCAAUGCUCUUCUCAAGGAAGAGCUCGGUUUCCAAGGCUUUGUCAUGACGGACUGGCUUUCCCAAAUCACUGGUGUCGCAUCAGCCAUCGCUGGAAUGGACAUGAGUAUGCCUGGUGAUCCAAUCAUCCCUCUUCUCGGCAACUCACUCUGGAUGUACGAAAUGACACGAGCAACUCUCAACGGAUCAGUCCCGAUGGAAAGGCUCAACGACAUGGCUACUCGUGUCGUCGCAACCUGGUACAAGUUUGGACAAGACCAGGACGAUUUUCCCAAGGUCAACUUUGACACCAACACGAAUGAGGCCGUAGGUCCUCUCUACCCAGGAGCCUGGCCCAACUCGCCCAAGGGUGUCGUCAAUAAGUUCGUUCAGGUGCAGGAGGACCACGACGUGAUCGCCCGACAAGUCGCUCAGGACGCCAUCACCAUGCUCAAGAACGACAACAAUCUUCUUCCACUCAGCAAGAAGAGUCCCAUCAAGGUCUUUGGCACAGGAGCCCAGACUAAUCCCGAUGGUCCUAACGCCUGUCCCGACCGAAACUGCAACAAAGGUACGCUAGGUCAAGGUUGGGGAUCUGGUACCGUUAACUAUAUGUAUCUCGACGAUCCGAUCGGCGCCAUCAAGGAUGAGGCUGGCGAUGUCACGUUCUACAACACCGAUAAGUUCCCCUCCGUUCCGAGUGCGACCGAUGACGACGUCGCAAUCGUUUUCGUCACUUCCGAUGCGGGUGAGAACUCGUAUACGGUUGAAGGCAACAAUGGCGAUCGCAGCAAGGACAAGUUGAACGUGUGGCAUGGUGGUGAUAAUCUUAUCAAGGCUGCGGCUGAGAAGUACAAGAACGUCAUCGUGGUGAUACACACUGUUGGGCCAGUCCUGCUUGAGCAGUGGCAUGAUAUGCCUUCGGUUAAGGCUGUUCUCGUGGCGCAUCUUCCUGGUCAAGAGGCUGGAAAGUCUCUUACGAAUAUUCUUUUUGGAGACGCGUCGCCUUGUGGGCACUUGCCGUAUAGCAUCACCAAGAAGGAGGAUGAUAUGCCUGAGAGCGUUACCAAGCUGAUUGACUCCGGCUUCGUUGAUCCCCCGCCUGAUACUUACUCUGAGAAGUUGUACAUUGAUUACAGAUGGUUGAACAAGGAGAAGAUCCGACCUCGCUAUGCCUUCGGACAUGGUCUUAGCUACACCAACUUUACAUACUCCAACGCGACCAUCAAGAGGGUCACCAAGCUCAGCCAGUAUCCUCCCUCACGUUCAGCAAAGGGCGAAGUUUUAGACUAUGCUCAGGACAUUCCGGAUUACAAGGAGGCCGUUAAGCCAAAGGACUUCAAGACAGUCUGGCGCUACCUCUAUUCAUGGCUCUCGGAGUCGGACGCGAAGAAAGCAGCCGAGGCAGCCGGAAAGUCCAAGUACCCUUACCCAGAGGGCUACUCGACUAAGCAGAAAACAAGUCUUCCACGUGCGGGCGGUGCUCAAGGCGGAAAUCCAGCGCUCUGGGAUGAAGCUUACACCAUUUCAGUGCGCGUCACCAACUCGGGCGCUAAAUACGCCGGUAAAGCUUCAGUCCAGGCUUACGUGCAAUUUCCCGAGGCUGCCGGAUACGAGACGCCGAUCAUUCAGCUUCGCGACUUUGAGAAGACUGCUGUCAUUGAGCCUGGCGAGAGCGAAACUGUUGAGUUGACUCUCACAAGGAAGGAUUUGAGUGUCUGGGAUGUUGCAGCGCAGGAUUGGCUUGUACCCAAGCCUGAUGGAGAGUAUAAAGUAUGGCUGGGUGGUGCGAGCGACGCGCUUGAUGUCGUUUGCUAUACAGAUGACUUGAGCUGUGAGAAUGACGUUGAUGGACCGGUAUCAUACGAUUGA